GACGCCGUCUCUUCGCCUUUAGCUCCAGGUGUCUCACAGGAGAAAGAUGCAUCGAUUUUGCUCACGGGCCUUCACGGGGAUUUUUACCGCCACCACCGACUUGUCCUUCGCCUGCCUCCGCCAAUCCCCUCCACUGCCUCGGUCCGGAAAGUCAGCCCCGCAGAGACGCUAUAGUAAAAAGCGCUCCUGCUCCUCCAUCGGCUGAUUGUCGCUGAGACCCGGGCGCGGGGGAACCGAGAGACCGAGACCCACAGAGGGGAGCCGCGCACCGCUGGUAGCCAUGCCCAAGUCAAAGAAGCGAGGGAGCAACCACCAGCGCGGAGCAGGUGGUCAGCAAAGAAAUGUGCAGCCUUUCAGUGAUGAGGAUGCGUCAAUUGAGACUAUGAGUCACUGCAGUGGCUUCAGUGAUCCUGCUAGCUUCACUGAAGAAGGACCUGAAGUCGAUGAAGAAGCAACUCAAGAAGACUUUGAGUACAAGUUAAAGGGAUUCAUUGACCUUACCUUGGACAAGAGUGUGAAGACAAGACAAGCAGCUCUUGAAGGUCUUAAAAAUGCUCUGACUUCUAAAAUACUAUAUGAAUUUAUCUUAGAAAGGAGAAUGACUUUAACUGAUAGUAUUGAACGCUGCAUAAAGAAAGGUAAGAGUGAUGAACAGGCCGCAGCGGCAAGGCUGGCAUGUCUUCUCUGUGUGCAGUUGGGGUCGGGAAUUGAAAGUGAAGAAAUCCUUAAGACCCUUGGACCAGUUCUCAAGAAGAUAAUCUGUGAUGGAACAGCUAGUAUCCAGGCUAGACAGGCUUGUGCAACCUGCUUGGGAGUUUGCUGUUUCAUAGUCACUGAUGACAUUACUGAACUGUAUUCAACUAUGGAGUGUCUGGAAAACAUAUUCACAAAAUCGUAUCAGAGAGAGACAGACACUAAUGGCAUUUCUAGUACCCACAAUACAGUGCUUCACAUCAAUGCACUUUUAGCGUGGACUCUGUUGCUGACCAUCUGCCCAGUGAGUGAAGUGAAGAAAAAACUUGAAAUGCACUUACACAAACUUCCAAACUUAUUGUCUUGUGAUGAUGUCAACAUGAGAAUUGCUGCUGGAGAAACACUAGCUCUUCUGUUUGAACUGGCACGAGAAACAGAAGCUGAUUUCUUUUAUGAAGACAUGGAACUUUUAACACAGAAACUAAGGGCCCUGGCUACAGAUGGAAACAAGCACCGUGCCAAAGUAGACAAAAGAAAGCAGCGAUCUGCCUUCAGAGAUGUCUUGCGAGCAGUAGAGGAGCGUGACUUCCCUACAGAGACCAUCAAAUUUGGACCUGAGCGCAUGUAUAUUGACUGCUGGGUUAAGAAACAAACAUAUGAUACCUUCAAGGAGAUUCUGGGAUCAGGGAUGCAAUAUCAUUUGCAAUCCAAUGAGUUUCUUCGGAAUGUAUUUGAACUUGGACCACCAGUAAUGCUUGAUGCUGCAACACUUAAAACAAUGAAGAUAUCCCGUUUUGAAAGGCACUUGUACAACUCUGCAGCAUUCAAGGCUCGAACAAAGGCUAGAAGCAAAUGUCGUGACAAAAGAACAGAUGUGGGUGAAUUUUUCUAAAUCUUCCAUGUGGGAUCUGAGGUUGAAGACUUUCAUAAUUUCAUAAUUUUCUAUAAAUUGUUGUUAACCUUGAAAUUUGAGAUUUAAUUUAUAUAUCCACAUAGCUAAGACUUCACUGCCCAGGGAUAAUAUCUAAUGUAUAUCUGUAAAUGUUAUGCAUGUUAUAAUUGCUUUAGGUGUGUGUGUGUAUGUAUAUAUAUAUAUAUAGGAUCGGUUGAUCUACAAUUGGGUGGAAAUGUAACUUGUAACACUUAUGCAGGAUCAAAAUCACUCACGAAUUUGGUAAAUAUACCAACAAUUCAGUUGUUAGAUGGUGCUGAAAGCUAUAUGUAUUAAACUGCCAAAAUUGUAUGACCCAGCUCAUCUUGGAUUGGUGUUAAUACAGCAAUGAAAUUGCAUAGAAGAGCAAGUCGUCUUUCUAAAGAGUAGAGUACCAGGAUAAACAUGCCUCUGGAACAGCUGCUAUUUCUUUAUGAUCAAUUAUACCCUGUAAUUUUAAUACUUUUUUAAACUGGCUGAUGGACUGACAAAUGGCACAAGAUAUGACCUUACUAUAUUGUACUAGUGCCAUGAAGUCCUGCUGUUGGCACUUAAAAUGAAGUAGUAAAUAACAUAAACAUACUUGACUACGUUUAACUUUAAAAGUGGUGACGCAUUUUACAAAUGCUUGUAUAAGACUCGUUCCAUCUUUCAAAUAAAAAUCUUUCUCACUGAA